CUCGAUCAACUCUAGCUCUAGCUUUUCCCUUUGCGGGUAAAGACAUCGCACCUUCUCAUGACCAGGCUUCCGUGCAUACAUCCUACUACCUGCUUGAUACGCAGUCUCACGCGUAGCAUACCAGACAGCACUCAUCCGUUCUCUUCACUCAUUCCGUGCAGACUUUAUGUGAUAUCCGCUUUGUCCUUGCGUUGACAGACUGUGUUGCAUCUCACCAUAUCCUGUCAAACUUCGCGAUCCCUCAACAGCUUUCUUGCCGAAGCUCGACUAUGACACCUAUAUCACGUUGACCGUGCUUAACCCUCACGCGCACUCAUAGAACCAACCCAACUCUAGUCCCCCGCCUGGGUCACGGCCAUCACAUUGCAUCAUGCUCGAGGGCCUAGUCGCGAACCUGCUAAACAGGUUUCUUGGCAUGUAUGUCAAGAAUUUUGAUCCUAAACAACUCAAUGUCGGAAUAUGGUCUGGAGAUGUGAAGCUUCGAAAUCUGGAACUGCGACGAGAAGCUCUCGACCAACUUCAUCUACCCCUCAACGUAGUCCAAGGCCAUCUUGGCCAACUCACACUCCGAAUACCCUGGUCGAAUCUCAGAGGAAGCCCAGUGCAUGUCAGUAUAGAGGAUGUUUUCCUACUGGCAGCACCAAAAGAGGAUGCAGAAUACGAUGCAGAAGAGGAAGAGACCAGAGCACAUGCUGUCAAGAUGGAGAAGCUUGAUUCUGCUGAACUCCUGAAAGAGAGAAAUACGGAAGGCAUGAGCGCAGAGGAGCAAAAGAAGAACCAGAGCUUCACUGCAAGCUUGGUCACCACAAUCGUUGACAAUUUACAAGUCAGCGUUAAGAACAUCCACAUCAGAUACGAAGACGCAAUAUCUCAUCCUGGCCACGCAUUCGCUCUCGGUAUCACUCUUGAAGAAUUUAGCGCUGUCAGCACUGAUGGGGACUGGAAACCUACGUUCAUUCAAGGUAGUUCAGCUUCGUCUCAUAAACUUGCAACAUUGGGCUCCCUCGCGGUAUAUUGGGAUACUGAUGCAUCUCUUAUGGGUACUGGAAAAGGAGAGCAGAUCAGAGAUGAAGAGCAAGGGCUAGAUAGAGAAGAAUUUAUCAAGAAGGCGAAACAGAUGAUUGUACGAGGCGACAGCCCAGAUCUCGCAGAACAUCAAUUUAUCCUCAAGCCUGUCAGCGGUCGUGCUGGACUUGAGAUAGAUAAGACUGGGAAGCCUGGUAAGCCGAAAGUAAAGGCGCGAUUGUUGUUUGACGAACUCGGUUUCAUUAUCGACGAGGAUCAAUACCGCGAUGCGCUGAUGUUAGUUGAGCUCUUUCACUACUUCAUCAGACAUCAAGAGUACAAGAAGUUUGAACCCAAAUCAAGACCGGCAGAAGAUCCACUCGCAUGGCUACAAUUCGCUGGAAAAGCUGUCUUGGACAAAAUCCAUGACCGCAACCGGAAGUGGUCUUGGGAUUAUUUCCGGGAAAGGAGAGAUGACCGACUCCGCUAUAUUGCCCUUUUCAAAAAGAAAAAGAAGGAGGAGAAGCUCACACCCGAUGAAGCAAAGGAAAUGGAUGCACUUGAACGCAAGUUAUCUUAUGAAGACCUCCGGUUCUGGCGCUCGCUAGCCCGGAACCAGCUUCGCAAAGAGAAUAUCGGUGUGCCCAAACAUAAGGAAACCCAGUCCUGGGGUGCGUGGAUAUGGGGUAGUAAACCACAGAAUCAAGAGGAAGAGACAGAUAUCACAGAAGAGGAUCGCAAAAAGCUGUACGAUGCGAUUGAUUGGGAUGAACAGCAGCAGCUGUCGGACGCUAUUGAUAUGCCGAGAGAAUACGUGAAAAUGCAAGUCGAGAUGAGUUUGCGGACAGGAAGUUUCACUCUUAGACGGGAUCCACAUGGUAGAUGUGGCAAGCCCAACAACAUACUACGACUCUUAUUUGAUAAUUUCAGCACAAAAGCAUUACAGCGCACGGAUUCUAUGUUGAUAGAAUUGAGCCUUGAUGGUAUGCGCUUAUACGACGGUACGACUGAUGGAAGUCUGUUUGAGCAGAUAAUCAUCGUCAAAGGUGUCGCUCCUGUCGCUGAUGAGGAUCGGAUUCGAGAAUUGAACGAUGAUGAGACGGAACCACGAUUGAAGGGAGAUCAUGAUGAAGACGACAGAGCUGAGGACGGCGAUCCGUUCUUCCAAGUUGCAUUCGAGAAGAACCCGCUAGACGGAAGCGCCGAUACUGCGCUAAACGUGAGAUUAAAGGGCAUGGAGAUUGUCUACAAUCCUAAAUUCAUCGCCGAAGUCGCCAAAUUCUUCAAACCCCCUGAGCGUCACAUGGAGUCGAUUGGUGCUCUAAUGGAGACCGCGGGUGCUACCGUGGAAGGCAUUCGGCAGCAGACUCGUGCCGGAUUAGAGUUUGCUCUUGAAGAACAUAAGACUAUCAACACGCAGCUCGAUCUACAAGCUCCUCUUAUUAUCAUACCAGACUCGGUGACGGACAGCAGUACUAUCUGUCUAAUCAUAGAUGCAGGUCAUGUGAGCGUCAGUAGCGACCUCGUCGAUAAAUCGACCAUUCGAGAUAUUCAGAACAAACAUAGCAAGCAGUAUACGGAGGCAGACUUCAAACAACUUGAAGGUCUUAUGUACGACAAGUUCAUACUGAAGCUUGAAUCAACUCAGGUUCUGAUCGGCACCUCGAUUGAGGAAACAAAGUCACAACUUGAUGAAAAAUCAACUUCAAAGAGUCUACACCUCGUUGACCGUAUUAAUAUGGAUUUCACAAUCGAGACCUGCAUCAUCCAAAGGGCAGCGGACUUGACUAAAUUUCGCAUCUCCGGUAAUCUACCGGUUCUCCAUGCCUCAGUCUCGGAUUCAAAGUACAAAAGCUUGAUGCGCCUCAUUGAUGUUGCAAUUCCUAGGUUCGACGAGAAUGAAAAUGUUAAGCAGUUGCAGAACGAGACCACAGGACCAUCGAACCUUGAUCCUCUGAUUGAAAUUAGAGAACGCAACGGGUCAUCGGUAGGUAGGACUCGUGCAAAGUCUUUCACCAAGACCUCGCAGAGAAAGGAGAUUCUAGUCGGUGAAGAAGGAAGCGAAUCUGAGCAGGAUGAUUUUCAAGAUGCUUCAGACAAGAAGGCUGCUCCGGAAAGAAACAUUCAUCAACGUAACUUUGAAUUCAAAUUCACUGUCGACAAGUUACAAGGUUCUCUCUAUCGAUCCGACCCUGACGGUAAGAAGCCUGACGAGCUUCUCGUGGAACUAGUUGCGCAAGGCUUUAACUUAGACUUCUACCAAGAAGAGUUCAGUAUGGUCGCAGAAGUUAGUCUUAAGACUCUUGCGGUACAGGAUCAUGUCGAAGAAAACCCGUUGCCUGAGUUUAGAAAUCUCAUUUCCUCAGAGGAUACUGAUACGGCCCUCCAAAAGGAUCUGUUUCAGCUAAAGUUCAUUAGAGUCAACGAAGACUCACCAGAAUUUAAUGAGUUAUACCAGGGUGUGGCAAUGAAUCUAGACGUCAUGGUAUCGACGAUCAAUCUAAUUGUAACUCGAAAAACGCUCUUGACUCUCUUAGACUUUGUCCUUGUCACGUUCACGAACUCCAGUCUCGUAGCUCAGGACAAAUCUGUGGAGGACUCGCCAGACGGCCCAAUGAAGGAAGACAAGAAGGGACCUGAAUCACAAGAACCUGACAAGAUCCGCAUCAAAGCUAGACUCAAGAGAAUAGCAUUGAUACUGAAUAAUGACGGCAUUCGGCUAGCUACACUCAGUCUCAAUGCUGCGGAUGUUGGAGUCUUCCUGGCAGGAAAAGCUAUGCGCGUCGAUGCUAAGCUUGGCAACCUUUCGCUGAUUGACGAUGUCAAUCAGGGGGUUUCUGAACAGUCGUCACUACGCCAGCUGGUUACGAUUCAGGGCAAAGAGCUCGCUGACUUCUCAUACGAGACGUUCGAUGCAAACACGGACAACUACCCUGGUUAUGACUCGUCAAUAUAUCUAAGGUCCGGCUCAUUAAAGGUUAACUUCUUGACAGAGCCUUUCCGAAAAAUUAUGGAGUUCGGUGUCAAAUUCGGCAAGAUGCAAGCCAUCUUUAAUGCAGCACGCCAGGCUGCGGCAAAUCAGGCAAACCAGAUUCAAGAAAGUGCUGGUAAGAUGCACUUCGAUAUUAUAAUCCGAACGCCUAUCGUCGUCUUUCCACGUAUGGUCAUCACUGAGAAACCUGAAAGAGAUACAUUGACGGCGAACCUUGGUGAGAUAUAUGCAAACAAUAAAUUUGUCCCUCUAGACGACUCAAAGAUGUCCGACUUUGCGAACAAGUUGACAGCUGGCGUGCGCAACAUUAAGCUGACGUCGAAUUUGCACUACGACAAUGAUCAAGUGGAAGAACUUGAGCUCAUUGACAAAGUGAAUCUUGACUUUAAUAUCACAUUGGUUGAGCAUAAACAAGGAUACAAGCGCCCAGAUGUGGAGAUUGAAGGAAAUAUGUCUGAUAUUAAUUUGCGUCUCACUCAAGAACAAUUGAAACUUGCUCUCGAGCUCUCGAGGUCUAUCCCAGAAGCUUUCGCUACAGAGCCAGCAGAAGAGCUGGAAGGUCAGGCUAUGGACGAGCUGGAAGAAUCCGCGUUGCGCCCUUCGCGUCGAAUCGCAGAAUAUGAAGAGACCACACCGAAGUCUAAAAACAUUACAACGAAACAGGUAUCUGAAUUAGGCAAGAGCGAGGAAGACAAAUGGGCAAAGCUUGAUCUUAUUUUCAAGAUUGGUGCCGUUGGUUUAGAGCUUAUACAAGCCAGGACGGUAGAGCCUGUGGGCGAUCUCGAGAGUGCCAGUCUUUCUAAGUUCUCGCUCAGUGACACGAACAUCAAGACGCGGAUGAUGAGUGAUGGUUCCCUGGAGGCUGAACUCCUGAUCCAGUCUUUCUCGAUCCGCGACAGUCGCUCUCAGACAACGAAUAAAUUCCGUAAGAUUAUGUCUUUGACCAACACAGAAGUGAAGCAACAGUUCAUGGCCAGCUUGUCCAUUUCAGGGAAUGAGGACAAACAUCUCAUAGCAAUUUUGACGAUCGAUAGUCCUCGUGUCAUUCUCGCUCUUGACUAUCUCUUUGCUCUUCAGGGCUUUGUGAGCGCAGGCUUGAUGACGGACGAUAUCCUCCACAUUGAGGACCAGGAUGAGGAUAUAGAAAGUGAGAGUACCGUCAGCGUACAGUCGGGCGCCCUCUCCUCCAUCAAGAAAGACGGCAAAGCGGAGACCCGAGACGAAAAAGAACCAGACGGAAUGACUAUCUCUUUCCGUGUCAACUUAGUGGAUGCGCAGAUCAUCCUCCUUGCUAAUCCGGCGAUCAACAAUUCCGAGGCUAUCGUACUGGGCACUAAGCAAGUAUUGGUCUCGAAACAGAACUCUACCACUCUUCAGGUUGAAAAGGUUGGUAUGUUCUUAUGUCGCAUGGACAAAUUCGACUCCACAAGGCUUAGGAUCCUCGAUGAUUUUAGUGUUACGACCUCCCUAGAUAUGCGUUCGCAAGGGGAGGAUUCUUCGCUCACGAGUAUUCACGUCGAUGUCGAACCUCUCAUUUUGCGACUAUCACUGCGAGACAUUUUACUGGCUAUGCAGAUAUUCAAUCGUGCUUCUGCUAUGCAGACCCCGGACCAACAAACGGUGGAUGAUGGACCGAAAAAUUUGAAACAAGUCAAAGCCAAUGACUCUACUAGUAGAUCGAAGUCAAGUCAUAAGAAGGCAACAUCUACGCAUGCUAGAGGGAAAUCUGCGACUUCCAUCAAGACCGGCAAGAAGACAGACCGAGUUUCUGCAAUUACCACUAAACAGCAGAAGGCUUCUACGGUAAUGAAGCGCGAGGAAAUGAAAGUUUCGUUCGAGGGCUUGCGAGUUGUCCUCAUUGGCGACGCGCAUGAGUUGCCAAUGCUGGAUUGGCGGGUCCACAAGUUCAAUGUAGAUGUCCGAGACUGGUCUGCAGCUAUGACUGCGGACACCAAUAUUGACACGCUUUUUAAUAUCUACAACUUCUCAAAAUCAGCCUGGGAACCGUUGAUAGAGCCAUGGUCUGUGGGUUUCCACAUGUCUAAGGAACAGAGCCCUGACAAGCUUGGCGUGGAGCUGUUCUCCCGUAAAGCCCUGGAGCUGUCUAUCACAACGGCUACUAUAGCUCUUGCGAGCAAAUCCGCGGAUUUCCUUUCGACAGAAGAAGAUGUCCUUUCGAAACCCCGAGGCAUGGAUGCACCAUACCGAAUCAGAAACUAUACUGGUUUUGACAUCAAUGUGUGGGCAGAUAGCAAAGACAACGAGGAGGGCCCGGCAGCCAAGCUUGACGAUGGCGAAGAAAGACCCUGGCGCUUUGAAGAUCCUACGACUACGAGAGAAACACUGUCGCCAGAAGGGGCUCUGGGUAUACUUGGUGUCAAGCUUGAAGGUAGUGGAUUCGACAGCGUCACGCGCAUUCAAGUUAGCCGUGAAGGUGAAAAUCUUUAUAAUUUGAAACCUCGUAAAGAUCGUGUGCAACAUCGCCUCUUGGUAGAGGUCAAGCUCGGAACGGACAACGUCAAAUACAUUACAUUCAGAUCGCCACUCCUUGUGGAGAACAACACUCAGAUCCCUAUCGAGAUCGGCAUCUACAACCCCGAAGAAGGACAUAUUCUCAAAAUUGAGAAAAUUGCGCCAGGCGAUGCAAGGCCAGCCCCUGUUGGCGCUGCUUAUAUGCAUAGUAUCAUAAUAAGACCUGACCAAGGUUUCGGAUAUGCUUGGAGUAACGAAAGACUGUUCUGGCAAGACUCGUUGAAGCGGCCCAACAGGACAAUCACUUGCAAAGGAGAUUCUGAUCAAAGUAGCCCUCCAUUCUUUUUCCAGUCAUAUGCGCAAUUCGACAAAAGAGACCCCCUCACAAGUAUUUAUCCGUACAUGCGAAUUCGCCUACAUGCUCCCGUAGAAGUCCAGAACCUACUUCCAUACGAUUUCAAAUACCGCAUCUACGAUGACAAUACGAAGAAAGACUGGGCCAACUUCCUCCGAAAUGGCGGUGUUAGCCCCGUCCAUGUAGUAGAGCUCUCGCACCUCUUGCUAAUCAACGUUUAUAUGCAAGACACACCAUUUAAACAAAGCAAGUUUGCAGUCAUAAACUCAUCUGGGAAGGACGAUUUCAGGCGGGAAAAGACAAUCGAGGUUAAGGACGACAAAGACCUCAGUCUAAGACUCAGCCUUCACUACUACAAGAUUCCUGAUAGCGGCGGUGCCUUCAAAGUCACAAUUUACAGCCCUUACGUCAUACUAAAUCGCACUGGGCUUGAACUGGAUGUUCGCAGCAAACAAUUCAUGGGCCAAGCUAAGGCUGCUGCAGGACAAGCAGUAUUUGUUCAAGAAGAGGAUGAAGACGCACAGAAAGCACAUCCGUUCAUGUUCUCUUUUCCAACGGACGACAAGAAGAAUCGUGCUUUGCUCAAGGUUGGCGAUUCUCAAUGGAGCAAACCACAGAGCUUUGAUGCCAUCGGAAGUGCAUACGAUGUGUCGCUGACUUCUGGCAAUGGCUGUUCCGAGAUGCACAUAGGCAUUAAUGUUGCAGAAGGCGAAGGAAAGUAUAACCUAUGCAAGGUUGUUACAAUUGCUCCUCGCUUUAUCGUGAAGAAUCGCAUGAAAGAGGAUAUCAGCAUACGAGAACCUGGGUCCUCAAACAUCAUGACACUCAGAUCUGGUCAGCUCCAGCCCCUUAGAUAUCUGCGACAGAGUGUAGGCCAACAACUCUCACUAUGCUUCCCAGGAGUGAGCAAUCAGUGGUCUUCAGCAUUCGAUAUUGCUAAUGUUGGCAAUGUUCACGUCAAACUAGCCAAAAACGGUAAACGUCAACAACUUGUCCGUGUGGACAUUCUGAUGGAAGGAGCGACCAUAUUUUUACAGCUGAGCAUUGAGACGAAGCACUGGCCUUUCUCAAUGCGGAACGAGAGUGACACAGAGUUCUUAUUCUACCAAGCAAAUCCAAAUGUUGAUGAAGAUGAGGAGGAUCGUGGUUCCGGGUGGCGACCAAUCCGGUACAGACUUCCUCCUAGAAGUGUCAUGCCAUACGCUUGGGAUCAUCCUGCAGCGAAGAACAAAGAGAUAAUCCUCACUGCUAAUGGAAGGGAAAGGCACGUCAGACUCGCUGAGAUUGGUAACCUGAUACCAAUGAGGCUACCUCCUACACCCGAGGUCAACAGACAGAAAGUCAUUGAUCUCAACGUAAUUGCCGACGGCCCAACCCAGACGCUCAUCCUGUCCACUUAUAAGCCUUCAAAGAGUUUGUACAAACAGAAGAGCGCAUCUGCUUCUCAAUCGACAACUUCAGGCUUCGAAGUCAAGGAGCAGGACACAGAUGUGACCUUCAAAGCCACUUUGCGACUCGCAGGUAUCGGCGUGUCUUUGGUCAAUGCUCAGCUGCGCGAGCUUGUCUAUCUUACUCUUCGGGACAUCGAGCUCAAAUACUCGGAAUCGGCACUUUUUCAGACUUUAGGUCUCACAAUCAAGUGGAUGCAGAUUGACAAUCAACUCUAUGGUGGAAUCUUUCCAAUCCUCUUCUAUCCUAGUGUUGUACCCAAGACCGGUCGAGAAAUGGAGGCGCAUCCAAUUCUGCACGCGACGCUCUCCAGAGUCAAGGAUGAUUCAUAUGGCGUGAUAUACAUUAAGUACUUCACCAUCCUCCUUCAGCAAAUGACCUUGGAGAUUGACGAGGACUUUAUCUUUGCCCUCCUCGAUUUCACUAAGAUCCCAGGAGCCUCGUGGUCAGAAGAGAAACAAGGCAAGCUUUGUGAUGAGCGGCUAGAAUUGCCUGAACCCCAACAAGAACAGUCGGGACAGGAUGUCUACUUCGAACUACUUCACCUUCAACCCAUGCAAUUCGACUUGUCGUUUGUAAGAACGGAGCGCAUCAAUGCUGAGGACACUGCAACAUCGUCCAACCCUUUCAUGUUCGCAGUCAAUGUAUUGACGAUGUCUAUUGGUAAUGUCAACGAUGCACCGGUACGCUACAACGCACUCAUGCUCGAAAAUGCUCGCGUAUCGAUGACGGCGCUGAUCUCGAAUGUCCGGUCGCAUUACGUACAAGAAUCACUGCGACAAGUUCAUAUUGUCCUGGGAUCCGCCGACUUCCUCGGUAACCCUGUCGGCUUGUUCAACAAUAUCUCAUCGGGUGUGGCGGACAUCUUUUACGAACCAUAUCAGGGACUAGUUAUGACUGAUAGGCCGCAAGAGCUUGGUAUUGGUAUUGCUAAGGGAGCAAGUAGCUUCGUGAAGAAGAGUGUAUUUGGGUUCUCGGACAGUAUGGCCAAGUUCACAGGAUCAAUUUCCAAGGGUCUCAGCGCCGCGUCUAUGGACAAGGAAUUCCAAGACCAGCGUCGCAUGAGCCGUUCACGCAACCGACCAAAGCAUGCCCUUUACGGAAUCACCUCCGGAGGAAAUGCCUUUGCGUCAUCGCUUGCAUCUGGUAUUGGUGGCUUAGCUCGACACCCUAUUCAGGGAGCAGAGAAGGAGGGCGUAGCCGGCUUCAUGAAAGGUGUAGGGAAAGGUGUGCUCGGCCUAGCGACGAAACCUGCUAUCGGUGCUUUUGACCUUGCUAGCAACAUGGCCGAAGGCGUACGGAACACAACGACGGUCUUUGAUCAAGAAGGUCUUGAUCGUGUGCGUCUCACACGCUUUAUCGGGCGCGAUGGGGUUGUCCGUCCAUACUCUCAGCGUGAAGCUCUUGGACAGUUCUGGCUGAAGACCUUGGACAACGGCAAGUGGUUCAAUGAAGAUUAUGUCGCUCAUCUUGAGCUCGGAUCGUCGUUAUCUCCAAGCCAGUCAGCGCAGUUGCCACAGUCACCAGCUCGUCGUGGACCUUCAGGCAAUGCAGAUAUGCUUGUCAUGCUGACAUAUAAUACCAUCCUACUAGUCCGCACAAAGAAGCUGACGACCGAAUGGGAUGUGCCGCUCAAAGAUGUCGCUACUAUCAGCAAAGAAAGAACGGGGAUCAGCAUAUCGUUGAAAGGGGGAACGAACGGGCCAUUCAUACCGGUCCAGGACGAAGGAAGUAGAAAUUGGUUCUACGGACAGGUUGCCGUAGCAGUAAAUGCGUUUAACGAGAAGUGGAGCGCAAAAUCAUAAGCAUGAUCGGGGAUCAUGAAGACGGAGAGUUAUUGGCAAUGAAAUUAUGCAGGCGAUGAUUAGCUGUCAAAAUAUGAGUGAAGUCAUAUCUUAUUAUCCGCAAGUCAUGACUAUCUUGCUACCACCAUCUUCUUAUUAUAUUCAUACUUGUUUUGACAAAAUGUAUACACUUCAAUCGCCAUAGUCUAGUGAACC